UGGAAGUCCAGGCAGUGUUGAGCCCGCGCCAUGGGCCCACAACCCCAUCCAUCGCAUGGCUGCCUCGCGCUCCACCUUUGAGCACCGUCCGUCGCCGCUCUCGGCCGAGAAGCCGCGCAUGUCCGAGGACAUCUUGCCCAUCCGUGCCUGGUUGCUCUCUACCGGUACGCCGGCUGCGACCAUCGAGGCCAUCGACAACCUUUCGUGGGAGACUCUCGGCGCAGGCAACGCCAACCGCGUCCUUGAUCGCUUCCGCUCCUGGUUCGGCUCAAAGGGUAACGGCAUGUACCUCGAGUACACCAACCUGCUUGAGAACCUCGCACCCGACGCCGUGGCGAGGGUCUCGACCACAGACAACUUGCACUCGCCCAACGCCUCGUCCUCGGGCGGCGACGACGUGCCGGUCACCCCGCCGCGCCGUAAGCGCCCGCCGCGCGACUGGGACGCCUGGCGCGACGCAGGAAGCGACGAUGAAAGCGCCGAGAUGGCUGGUUCGGCCUCGGGCUGGCCCGCACCCGACAGUACGACACCGCUCAAACUGCGCCUCUCGCCGCCACCGCCAGUCGAGCCGAACCCGUCGCUCUCGCGGCUCGCCAUCGCCAACUCGGCCACCGCCCGUGCUGCCGCCCGUGAGGACGCGACUGCUGCUGCUGAGCGCUUCUCCAGCACACACUCGCUCCGUCAUCGCCGCAAGCGCCAUCGUCCUCCGCCCAAGCUUGACCUAUCCUCGGUCGCCGCCCCCGGCACCGACAUCGCCUGGACCGUCUGCGCCUCGGUCGAGUGCACCAAGGACGCCAACCCAGACGACGUCUUCCACCCGGGAUUUUGCUCGUUCUUCUGCAUGUCACGCGCUGAGGACGCCCAGCUGCAGGCCGCCAUGUUUGAGUCUACGCGCGGCACAGUCGCCAUCACCCCGCGCGGAGUCCGCGGCCUCGAGAACAUGGGCAACACCUGUUACCUCAACACAGGCCUCGAGCUUCUGUUCAACCUCCCGUUUCUUGUCUCGCCACGCGAUGGUCUCUUUGCACCGUCAGAUGCCUCGCCGCGUGGCCUCCGUGAGCAAGUCGCUGCCCUCGCCCGCACCCGCGCCGAGCAGGCUGCCGCCUUCCGCGACGCCGGUGACUGGGAGCGCGCCCUUGCCUCCUUUACCCUUGCCGCCGCUCUCGACUCGAAUCGCGAGGUCCUUGUCCGCUCCGACCUUGAGCUCUGCACUGCCAUGGUUGCCUCGGUUGGCUCGCUUACCACUGUUCGGUACGUGCCUACUGAAGCCACAACAACGCCAGAGACUGAGGCUUCAUCCGAGGCCAGUGCCAAGCCCGAGCACGAGCACGAGUCCGAGCCCGAGCCAGAACCCGGCACCAGCCCUGAGCGUCAGCGCAGUCCCACCGCCGAUCCCCGAGAGCUGCGCCCAGUCCGAGUCUCGCUCUCGCCUGAAAUGGAGCGCAUCGCCACUGUGCUUGAGGCCGGCAAAGUCCUCAUGGCCUUUCGCAAGCUCCUUGCUGACGUGUGGAUGCCCGACGCGGCUACCCCGCUCGAGCCCAAGGCCGUGCACGACGCCUUGCCACCGACCAGGUUUGGCAAAUGGGCUCAAGAGGACGUCCACGAUCUGCUCUCGUUCCUCCUCGACGCGUUGGAGACAGCAACAUCGACUGCUGAUGAUGUCUUUGAGCUUGCAUCUGCCCAAGAGAACGAUGCCACUCUCGAUGCCGUCCGUGACGCACAUCCUUCGCUUGUUGCCGAUGCCACACUCGGCGUUCUGUAUCACUCGUGGCAGUGCACGACGUGUGGCGAGUCGCGGACGGUUCGCGAGCCGUUCUCCUGGCUCACACUCCCGAUCCCGGAUGCUACUGAUGACGAUCCUGAUGAUCGCCGCCGUCGUGGGAUCUGGUCGACGAUUGUGGUCGACAACGUGAUGUGUGCCGGCUGCGACGGCCCACGCCCGUGCGAGCGGACAACAACCAUCGAAUCACUGCCCACAGUGCUCUUUGUCGCACUCUCGCGGUUCGCUGGCUCGUGUGCGCUGCGCAAAAAGACGGACACCGUACGGUAUCCGCUAGCCAGCCUUGUCCUCGAUGGUGCUAGCGAUGGCUCGUACAUGCUCACCGGCGUCGGCCUGCAUCGCGGACCGUUUGGUGGCGGCCACUACACCUCGUACGUCCGUUCGCUCGCCGACACCUACUGGUACAACCUCAACGACGAGUACGCGUCGCUGCUUGCCGAGCCCGAGGUUGACGUCAUCUCGCCUCACGCCUACGUCCUCGUCUACACCCGCGCCGACAAGUGGGACGCCGCGCGUACCGCUGUGGCCGGCACCGUCCUCGACUGCCACAAUCUCACCACCUCGAUUGCUGGUGCAGAGUCGAUCCGGCCCGUCCGGCCCGACCUCACCACAACACCUGCGUCACCGGACGCUUUUACUCGCCCAGGCACCGCCAUCUCGGACGCAGAGCUGUAG